CGAGAGAUAGAUUGGGUAGAGAGGCACAGUGCGAGAUUUGGACAGAGAGGAAGGAAAAGGGAAGGGUUGGGGGGGGAUUUAAAGGGCAAGAAACGGAGGGAGAUUUAGAUAGAGCCCACUGAGUGAGAGCGAGGGAAGAGAGCCAGCGCAGAGCAGGAGCAGAGGAGGUGGAUGGGAGAGGAGAAGAGGAGAGGCAUUGACUGGAUGCGUUACACAUGGGAGAGAAGAAAACGGCUAUUUCGUGCGCUCGGUGUGCAUCACUGAGGAGUGCGGCUGUCCGUCUGGAUUGUUAGUCAUCUGCUGCCCCACAGCGAAGGGGAAAUACGAAGGAGCACAGGCAGGCUUGGGGGAAUACAGGGCUGCGUGCAGAGGAUGAACAGGCGAUGUGGGCUCUCUGGCUGUGAUCGCUGUCCUCAGACCCCCGUAGACACUUGCACUGGUGCUGUUGCAGGCCGUUAGCCUCGCAGUUAGGCAGCAGCAGUCAGAGUGAUUGAUACAGGAUGAGCUCCAAGCACUCCUCCGACUGGAUCCCCUACAGCACUUUAGAUGAUGAGGGCACCAACCUCCGACAGCAGAAACUGGACAGACAGCGGGUGCUCAUUGAACAGAAGCAGAAAAAGAAGAGGCAGGAGCCUCUGAUGGUCCAGUCUAACGUGGAUGGGAGAUCUCGCACUCGUCGGACCAAACAGAGCGAGGAACAGGCUCCGCUGGUGGAAUCCUACCUCAGCAGCAACAGCAGCACCAUCUACCAUGUGCAAGAAGCUGAACAGGAGGAGGUGAAGGUGAUAGCGGACAUACAGCCGCCCCGCUCAGCCAAAAAGGGCAAAGCAUCGGCCAGCUCCACUCCACAGACGGGCAGCGACAAGAAGGAGAGGAAGGGGAAGCACAAAGCAGCGAUCGAUGGCCUGGCUUCCCUGCAGGAUGAUGGUCAAAUCCAGAUCCUGACAGUGGGUCACCCCAGCUCAGAGGAUGGCGACUCGGAGCCUGUCAUGAGCUGCACUCAAUCGCAGAGUAAACAGGAUCUGCGUGUCACCAUGCUCAAGAAAGGUAUUUCCAGCAGUAUGAAUUUCGAUGAAGAAGAGGACGACGAAGAUGAAAUCAGCUCCAGUUCCUCACAGCUCAACAGCAACACGAGGCCAGGCUCGGCCACCAGCAAGAAGUCAUGCAAGGAGGUGGCUUCAGCACCCACUCCACCAGUCAAUGAACCUGCUGUCGAUGUAGAUGACCUUGAAGAGUUUUCUCUGCGACCUGCGCCCCAGGGGGUCAGAGUGAAGUGCAGAAUUACCAGAGACAAGAAAGGCAUGGACCGAGGCAUGUAUCCCACCUACUACCUUCAUCUAGAGAGAGAAGACGGCAAGAAGGUGUUCCUGUUAGCAGGCAGGAAGAGGAAAAAGAGUAAAACAUCAAAUUACCUCAUCUCCAUCGAUCCCACCGAUCUGUCUCGAGGUGGAGAGAGCUUCAUUGGUAAACUGAGGUCUAACCUCAUGGGAACUAAGUUCACCGUAUAUGACAGCGGCCUGAACCCCAUGAAGAGCACCACCAGCCUUGAAGCUAGCAACCUGCGUCAAGAGCUAGCAGCCAUUUGCUAUGAAACCAAUGUUUUAGGAUUCAAAGGACCUCGCAAAAUGAGUGUCAUCAUUCCUGGAAUGAACAUGGACCACGAGAGAGUGUCAAUUCGCCCACGGAAUGACCAUGAGUCACUGCUGGCCAGGUGGCAGAACAAGAACACAGAGAGCGUGAUUGAACUUCACAACAAGACACCCGUGUGGAACGAUGACACACAAUCCUACGUGCUCAACUUCCACGGCAGAGUCACUCAGGCCUCGGUCAAGAAUUUCCAAAUCAUUCACGACAAUGACCCUGACUACAUUGUGAUGCAGUUUGGCCGUGUGGCAGAGGACGUCUUCACCAUGGACUAUAACUACCCAAUGUGUGCCCUGCAAGCCUUUGCCAUUGCCCUCUCCAGCUUUGACAGCAAGUUAGCCUGUGAAUAGAUCCCAGCCUGAAGUUCAGUGGAGAACUGGUCCAUCUGUCCUCUCAACAAGGGCUGUUACUGUAUCCUUGGGGGCUGGUUUGAGAUCUCCAAAUCACCCAGUACCUUGGAAGUCUUGCAUAUCCCAGAAUGCUUUAUGG